AUGCGGCUCCUUCUCCCUCCUGCCUCUGUCUCACAUCCGUUUGGGCGGGAGCUCUUAAUGGUUGGGUGGGAGGAGCCCCACCUUGAGGCUGCCAAGCCUGCCGAGGCCUGCCUUCCGGCCCGGCGUGUUUUAGCUUGUCCGGUCUGCCGGUCCGAUGCCCCUGCGCGUGCGUUCUACUCUGGUUUCGUUCCGCCGACUUUUGGGUUGCAACCGCUGCGACGCGGCGGCGUUUCCCCCGAGGCCUGUUUCAAGCCCGGGGCGCCUGUCGCUCCUCAGAGGUUCGCUCCGACCGACCUCGAGCGCCUGUUCGGAUGUGAGUCGCUGGCAGGCCACUCGGCCGUUGCUAUAGGCUGUCCGGGCCCGAUCGUUGGCGCUGUCGCCAUCGGCGACCCGUGCUGGGCUUUCGCUGCGGAGCCCAGCGCUCGGGCAGCGCUAUUGCAGCUCCUUGACAGCUUCGAGGGCGACCGUGUCCUCCUAUGGGUGGGACCAGAGCUGGUUAUGCCGGCCGGCCCAUUCCAUGCUUUUCUCGAGUAUUACAAGCUCAUAUCGCAGCUCGCGGUCAAGCCGGGGCCCUCACCGCCUUUGGACACACAAGACGUUUGUCCUUCUCUCCUGCGAGCGGGCAUGGGCUCGUGCGCGCGUCAGACAGCUGCGCCCUCCCACCGGGCGGGGGCGGCUGUCUCUCGUGGCUGGUCCGGGGGUGGCCGGCGAGUGCCUGGACUGGCGUCUCCCGCCUUUGCCGCGGCGCCCGCACCCAUUUUGGCGACUGCCGCGCUGCGUCUGCUCUCUGGGAUUUUCUGCUCGCUUUUCCUCUCGAACCGCGGGCCUCCUCGGCUCGGGAUGGGGGGAUCACCCCUGGCCGAGCCGCCUUCGGCAGACCUGGGAGCUGCUAUCGGAGCCUACUUAGAUCUCGUCGCGGGAGCCCCUUAUGAUCCGAAGAGGUUUGCGGAAGCAGCGCGCCUCGGCACCAAAGCCCGCGCGGCUGCCCCGUCGUUUCCAGAAGCCUUGAGGGCCCUGCGCAGAGAAUGGACCUUACGCCAAGGCGACCAUUUCAAGGGUCUCUUCGAGGCAGCCCUGGACGAGUUGCUUCCUUCAGACCUGCUUCACUGGCUCAGACACACUGCCACCCAGGGAGUUGACGCCCGCUACGAAGGGGACCGCCAGCGCGUGAGAGCCACGCCGCACCCGUCUCUGCAGGGGCACCUCACCGAGGCGUUCGAGCAGAUCUGGAAGGAUGUAAGUAAAGGGAGAGUUCUCCUACUUACGUGCCCUGGCGAUGCUACUCUUCUUGAAGGGGUGAUCUUCGUUCCUUUGGCGCGUGUCCCCAAAAUGCUGCCGAACAGGACUGUGUCCGCGAAAGGACGGCUAAUAUGGGACGCCAGACGUGUAAAUGAACACUGCAGCAAACACCGGUAUUUCCCGGCGCUGCAGCCGAGACACUCCGAGAUAGCAAGGUUGAUCCUCUGGUGGCAGACUCGCUUCCCUCACAUCCCAAUCUAUUUGGCCAAGAAGGAUGUCAGUGACGCCUUUAAGUGGUUAUGGAUUCAAAGUGAGGAUGGGCCGCUCUUUGGCGCUGAUCUGCCCGGGACUGAGCUUGGGCUUCCGGAAGGCGUCACCGCGGUAUAUACUGCGAUGACCUUCGGUUGGACCGGAGCCCCGGGAUCGUUUAUGGGAUUCGCCUGGGGAGUCAAGCUCUUGCAUAGCUCGCAUACCCCAACCCAGCCGCUUUGGCACGACACCACUGCUUUCAAAUCGCUGAUGCUAAUGGACGACGCCGUCGUCAUUGAACCAGCGUUGGGCCUCCGGCCUUGGCAGUCACUGCGUACGGCUGAAGCAGCGGCGCGCAAGAUCUUAGGCCCCGAAGCUAUCAACCCGGAGAAGGACCUCGAGGAGGGCACGCUCACGUUUGACAAGGUGAUCUGCCACUUGCUCCUCCUCCCUGACUUCGAUCGAGGAAACACUCACCUUGCCCUGCGCCUGGUGCAGGAACUGCGUGGUAACUUGGAGUUCUGGGCAGCUGUCCUUCCCACUGUCAACCCCUACCUGCACUCCAUCAAUGCGCUCCUCAAACCCCCAGACGAGCAGGGCCGAGCUAACCCACAGGGCGACCCCUCUGAGGUGGCAGCCCAGUGGGACAGCUUCUGGGAUACUCUCGAUCUUUUGAGGCUGCUUGCGCAAGACCGGGCUUCCUGGUCCACCCGCUUCUCCAACCCUCUGUUUGCAGCCCUGGAUACCAAUGAGAUACUGGCGUUGCCAGGGGUCAGCUCAAAGGUAAUCUGGGUCACCGCUGAUGCGACCCCCACUCAUGUGGGAGCGGUCGACUGGUCAAGUAAGAUCGCUGUGGCGCAGACAGUGGGGCAGUUCCUGGCUGCCGUGGCGUUGGCAGGAGCCCGAGCUAAGCUCGAGGCGAGUUUCUCGCCCGGGACUGGCGAAGAUGAAGAGUGCGAAGACGACCGCCUGCAGAUUGCGCUCGCGGAGCUCGUUGCACUCCUAGUUCUCUGCGCCCAUCGUCGGGAAGCUUGGAAAGGAUGCAUUAUCCUCUAUGCCGGGGACAACCAGAACGUCAUCACCUGGGUCCGCUCGCGCCGCUCUGGCCAUGCCGGCGCCAGCUUCUUGCUGCUAGUGCUGGGUGCGCUGGAAGUGACCCAUGGGUUCCAAAUUCGAGGUGAAUACGUUCGCACUUACCGGAACACCACUGCUGACCGUCUCACGCGCGAAGAACCCGCCGGAGUUUGUAAGGCCAUGGGACUCACCUUGCUCAAAGAGGACCCCGACUGGGAUGCCCUUCUGGAGCAGGGAUGGUCCAGGCGGGCUCUGGUUUGGGCGGGUCAGCCCCAUUCGGACCGAGGAACCGCGGUGCAGCUGGCUCUGCGUGGAACGCACUCCCCGCAGGAGGGAGACACACUUGAACCUGCUCAGGCGGGCACUUGCGUUAUCCUGGGGGGAGCCUUGAACGCACGCAAGGAGGUUGAUUUGCUCAGGGCCGCAGAGUCUGCAUUGCGCCCACACGCCGCCUUCAUCGACCUGCUCCACGACGCCCUCGGUAAGAAGACUACGGGUGGAGCCAACCGCGAACUCACCUACCGCCAAGGGGUCGCUUAUGGCCGAGCGCUGGGUGAUCGCACGUGGUGGAAGCGAGGUCUUGUCUUGGGCUUAAGGGAGGACUCCGCACCGGGCGCCCCUGAAAAAUUGAGCAUUGCCUUCAAUGCCCUCUCCGCGGCGCCCGAGACCAUCCCAGCCUUCGACCCCGUUUGGGCAAAUCGGGAGCCCACCACCUGGAUAGAAGGGGGCAUGUUGAAGGUCGACCCCACCUUCCCCCACCUGGGCGAGGACGCCUCACUUGCUCCAGAGAGGGCGGGCGCGUGCAGCCUGCCGUGGGAGAGCCACUGCUGGGCCCUGGUCGCUGCUUGGCUCGAGGCUGAAAACAGCCGCUUGAGCAUGAGCAACCGCCGCGCCGGAGGACGGCCGCGUGAGUCCUCGCGUGAGAGGACGCCGAGAGAAGAGCGCUCCGGGAGGAACCGCGAACCCGCUGGGCAGCGGUCUCGGCUCUACGACGACGGCAAGAAGCUCACAGCGUUCCUCCGGCACACGGCCCCAGUCGACGUCAACGGCUACAUAGCCGUGGAAGAGCUGCUUCGGUUCAGGCGGUUCGAGGGCAGGGUGAGAGAGGCGGUAGCGGCCUCCAACAAGAACCGAUUCAACCUGAGGACGUCGCAAGGUGUCGAGCAGGUCGCUGCCUGGUCGGGGCACACCAUACGAGGUGUGCUGGGGCCAGCCCAACACGUCGAGGCGGGUUCCCUGCCCGACGUCCUGGUGCAUGGAACCUACAGCAGCUACGUGCCGAGCAUCCAAGCGGAAGGCUUGGUACCGACGCGGAGGUCGAUUCACUUGCUGGAUCCCAAGCAUCCUCACCGCAAGUGGCGGCCCGACCUUGAGGUAGCCAUUUUGAUCGCUGCUUGCAAGGCGCAGGCUGAGAAUCACGUGUCCUUUAGGCUCACUGCCUGGAGGACAGUUCCCGGUUGGAAUUUGCGCCUGGGAACAAUUUUUGCCGGGAACAAGGCCAACUAG